AUGACAGGUGCCCCUGGUCUUCCUGGAAACUUCGAGAUGAUCUCCUAUCUUGGUUUCCAGCUGAUGGUGUUUGCCCUCUGUUACAGACAUUCAGAGGAGGAACCCGAGACUGCCGCCCACACCGCCUUUUUGAACCUGAACUCUGACUGGCUAUCUUGCAGGCUGUCGUCUCACCAAUCUGAAUCUCAGCCGGCCCCCAACGACGCCCACUUGUCUGUUUUCUUCAAGCUUGUGGUUGGCCGAGGUUGUCCGUGUGUGCCUCUGACCAGAAAAGUAUGGUCAAGAUGCUUCAUUCCUUCACAAAAAGCUUGUGACAAAUUCGCAGCGACGCCUACGUAUGCCGGAGACUCGCUCGGAGUUCUUGCGACGGGUCAAGCAAGCAACCAGCCAACCAGCCAGCCAAACCCACAACCAGAGCACGAUGCACGACCAGCCCUGCGUCCUGGCGAUCGUUCCCUUGUGGCCCGCACGCGCGUCUGUAUCGUCGGAUUGGAAUUGGCCGGGUGCCCAGUCACUACUCCCGAGAGGCACCCUUGCAAUGAUAAUGCAGUGGUUCGUACUACCCACGAGACCACGAGAACACAGGGAUGCCAUAGGCACGGGUGGGAGCAGACCAUGGCCCCCGUUCCUGCAUCUUGGGACUCGGAGAGUAUGCGCACAGGUAGAAGAUUCCCUCGGGCAGGUGGUGACAGCCAUGGACGUCACGGUGACGGUGGGUAG